AUGAAGUACCUAGCCGCUUACUUGCUACUUACCCAAGGUGGUAACGCUACCCCAUCUGCUGCCGACAUCAAGACUGUUGUCGAAUCUGUUGGUAUCGAAGCUGAUGAAUCCAGAAUCAACGAACUACUAUCUUCUCUAGAAGGUAAGGGUUCUUUAGAUGAAGUCAUUGCUGCUGGUGCCGCUAAGUUUGCCUCUGCUCCAGCUGCUGGUUCCGCUGCUGUUGGUGGCUCUGCUGCUGCUGCUGGUGCCGCUGGUGAAGCUGCCGGUGAAGCUGCUGAAGAAGAAGCUAAGGAAGAAUCCGAUGACGACAUGGGUUUCGGUCUAUUCGAUUAA